AUGCAAAAGCGGCUUGAAGGUGACACGUAUAAUAUUAUAAUUAACAGUGAUAAAAGUAACAAAACAAGAAAUUCAAACAGCACCAACAAAACUCAUCCACGGGACCAAGAAACAAGGAGAAACACAUCUUUGACAUCCACGAUUGAAAUUGUUCCAAAUAAACCAGGUACAGCUGUUGUUUGUAAGGUCAAGGCAGCGUUCGGAAGACAAUCCACCGACGUCCGACGCGUCGUGAGUCAGUCUACAGACGCUGGCGCAGUGACAGGACGUAGCGCGCACGGAAGCAGGAUGUCACCGGCAGCGUCGUUUGCCAAACGAUGGGCCUACGAUAACCUGACCAGGGAGCCCACCCCGGACGAACUAACCGUUUUGGAAUUGUUCCCUAUUACUUGUGAGGGAGAUGAAGAAGAAGCAGCGAAACGAGCGCGGCGAUAUUACAAAGCUCGAGGACCUGGUGGCUUGACGGAACUGUGGCACAAAAGAUAUCCUGAUGAUGAGGAUAUACUGUCGAGUUGUCAAGAUGCAUAUGUCGUUCCACUACGAGUCCGUAGUGUUGGUGGUCGCCGCAUGACGCUGGUCCGACUUCCAGCUCCCACAGCUUUAGACAGACCAUUGUCUGCCCGAGCAUUACUGGCGCGAUGGCUGAUGAUCUUGGAUAUCAGAUUACGCGAGGAUCCAACGCCAGGCGAAGAAGUUGUAUUCAUUGACGUGAGCGAUUUGCAGCCGUCGCAUCUGAAGAACCAUUUCAGGGGCAACUACUGGAAGGAUUUUGUCUGGUGUAUGAGGACAGCAUAUCCACUGAGAUUCUCCGAAGUCCACAUAAUUAACACGCAGCGUCUGAAGACUAUGUCAUUAUUACUAUUACACGUUGGACUUUAUCCGUGGCGACGCAAAGUCGUGCAGUUACAUUCGAGCUCAGAAGAAAUUAACCAUAUCAUGGGCGUUGAUUACUUUCCAUCCGAAGGCUUACCAUAUGAGUACGGCGGAAAGGCUGGCGCUAUGAAAGAUCUGAAUGAUGAAUGGACGAAGAAACUCUUAUCAAACUCGUGCUGGCUUCAGUUAGAAGAACGUAAAUACUAUGAAACGGAGCUGACUCCAGAGGUCCGCACACGGUCGCGACAUCGAAGUGCCGUUCGAAACCUCCGCGGAGCCAUCGGUUCUUACGACGUGAUCACGAGGACCCACUCCUGCAAAUCACUAAAUAGGCAUGAUGAUAUCGACGAGGGAGCCCAUGGUGCUUAUAGAACAUUGAAAGUGAAAUCUGACAGAAAUUUAUAUGUCUAA